AUGGAAUACUCAUUGGUAUCGUGGCGAUUCAUACUGGAAAACAACUCGGCUGUGAAGGAGCUCCCGGAAGGUGCGUUCGGGGAAGUAUCUUUCGAGUCCAUGCAUCUGGUUCAUACCACUGUGAAGACUAUCCGUAUCUCAGCUAUUUUGUCCUCCACGGACUGGCUCGUAUAUCUGAAUGUUGCGGCGAAUUCUCGAACUGAAUUUCCUUUUGCCCUUCUUCCCCAAUGGCCACGUCUCAGGAAUCUCAAUCUCUCCCACAAUAACCUGGCGUCGAUCGCGCUCCUUUACAGCCUCACACUGGAGGAACUCGACCUCUCGUCAAAUGACAUCUCCAAAGUAGAGGAAGACAGAUGGGUUACUCCCAACUUGAAGAUACUCGACAUCAUCGUUAAGGGGUUGGAGAGAUUGGAGGAAUUCAAGUGUGCUUCGUGCAGACUGGGACCGAUUCUUUCAAGUGGGCUGUUGGAGUUCCGCAGUAAGGCCUUGAGGGAAGUCAAUCUCAAACAGAACUACAUCAUGAGCCUGGAGCCGGGAGCCAUCACAGGUAUCAUGCCGGGCACGAGAAUUGACCUAGGAAACAAUGCAAUUGCUCUAUUGUAUUGGGAAUUAUUUCAACCUUUGUUGGAAGUCCUCUUGCUUGGAGAUGGAUCGCUUCAUCUAGCAGGUCUGAAGGGAGCUCCGGGGAUGUUGGGGAAGGAAGGACUUCCUGGUUCCCCAGGACUAAGUGGUAUUCCAGGUGAGAAGGGAGAAAGAGGGGGAUCCGGACCAGUCGGACCAAAUGGUGCCCCUGGAUCCCCAGGACCUGCUGGCUUCAAUGGUACAAAUGGUUCGUUUCUGGUAUUCCUGGAUUGCGGGGGAACCCUGGCCUUCCUGGCAUGUCUGGACUUCCAGGUCCCCAGGGAUCUCCUGGAGAACGUGGUGAAGAUGGAAUUAAGGGGUCACCUGGUGUUCCUGGUCGGCCUAGGCAACAACGUAAUAUGCUCAUUUCAGUUCCGAAGGGAGAGCGUGGAUCGCCCGGCCCGCCUGGAAAGGAUGGUCAGGAUGGUGUUCCAGGCAAACCUGGAUUGCCAGGAGAGAGGGGAUCUCGUGGGUUCCCCGGUAUCCCCGGACGUCAAGGAGUUCCAGGACCUCCUGGAGAACGUGGAGAAAAGGGAGAACCUGGAGAACCGGGAGAGAAAGAUGGUCCUCCAGGGCCAAAGGGAGAGAUUGGAGAACCUGGAUCAAGAGGUCCCGCUGGCUCACCUGGUUUACCCGGACCAAAGGGUGAACCCGGAUAUCCAGGUCCCCCUGGUCUUGCUGGUUUGCCAGGACCUGAGGGAGACAAGGGAAUGCAAGGAUCCCAUGGACCACCCGGACCCCCUGGUCCUCCUGCAAAACCAUGUCCAACCAGCCAUUCCUGCCUUAAUCCCUCGGCUAAAAGCUUAUGUGAACCGGGAACGGAGAUAUCUGACACAUCUUGCCCCGAAGAAAGAGUAUGUUGCCACGUGA